CUGUGAACAUCCAAACUCACAAGAUAAUAAAGGACAAAAUUCUGACAAUAAAUCCCUGGAUUCUGGCCGACUGUCGUCCUCUGAGGAGCAAAUCAGGGAUUACGACGACCAGUGUCAUGGUGAUGAUGUGGAAAAAAUGAAAACAAGCAGCUCCUCUUCAGUCUCUACUGCUGCAUGUUAUCAUCACUGCAACAGAGUCAAGGAACAGACUAAAGAUGGAAUGUCUGCCGCGUUCUGUGCAAUGACCUCUGGGAUGAGACGCAACUGGGUCCAAGCUGUGUUGAAGAAUGUGAGGCCAAGUGUAACAGCUGAUGUCACAAGCUCCCUUUCAGGGCAGAAGACUCGACAGAGAUCACAUCAACCCUAUUCAGAGUCGACCGAGGCUGUAUGUGAAUCUGAAAACCGCUGUUGGCAAGAAGUCAGUGACAAGGCAGAGGAUUCACAUCAGCAGCAGAGAGAACAGGAGAACAAACUGCAGCCAGAGAAAGAGCAGAGCUGCAGUGGUAGUAACUCAGUUCCGCCUCCUGUGAGUCCUCAACAGCAGGUGGAGGAUGACCACGCUGCUCCCUCUGAUCCGUGUCCGCCACAACCUGACGUAGACAUCUCCAUAAAAGAGGAGGAACCAUGGUCGUGUGAGCAGCAGCAAACUGUGCAGCUGGUCAAAGAGCUGGAGCAAACACAGAAGGAACUAUCUCGACUCCAGCAGAUAAACAGGAAUCUGCAGGAUGAACUAAAACUUGAGCGAGAGACACAUUCAAGAGAAUCGGUUCUUCCACAGAAUGAUCUUCUUUCAAACUCUUCGGAACAAGCUUUGACGUUACAGCGAAUGCAGAAGUUAAACCACGACCUCCGCGUUGAGCUGGAGACGCAGAAGAGGAGUUACGAGGAGGCCAGAGAAGCCGAGCUACAGCGAAGAGUAGAUCUCUUGGCUCAACAGGCUCAGUUACUGGUCACAGGCGAUGCCACAGCUCUCGCACAAGCUCAUCUGGAGCAAGAUCGACGCUGCUUUCUUGAGCAGCAGAAGGAGUGGGAGCAUUGUGUGUCCUCCCUGAAGUCCCAGCUGAGUGCCAGCGAGGAGCAGAAGAAGGAGGCUGAGUCCCGGCUGACUCAGCUGCAGCAGGAGUUGCAGGGUCAUGUUGAUCACCAGCAGGAGUCCGAUCGCUUGCAGAAACACCUCCAAGAGGUAGAAACCCAACUUUGUGCCAAUGAGGAAGCGCAGGCUGAAAAAGAAGCUCGCCUGCAGAAGCACCUGAUGCUCCUUCAAGCAAGUCAGGACAGAGAACGGAGGAGCUUGGCUGCCAGUCUGGAGCAGGCCCAGCAACACUCACAGGACCUUCAGGAGAAGCUGGACAGGGCUCAGGAGGAGAUGGAGAGCCUGAGCAAGACUCAGGCCUGGACCAGAGAAAUUGAGGUGGCUCAGCAGCAGCUCCAAGAGGAGCUUGCACAUACGGUAUCUGCUGUACAGAACCUACAAGAGGAAAGAGAGCAGCUUGGCCGCCGCUGUCAGGAGCUGCAGAACCAGUUAUCUGACGCGGAAGGGGAGGUGAGCAGGCUGCAGAGCCGCUUGAAGACAGAUGAGACCCACUACUACAAUCUUGAGCACUCAUAUGAGAGAGUUUGCGAGGAACUGCAGCUGGCUUUGGGGAAGGCGGAGCAAAGGGAGUCUGAAACGCAGGACAUGCGAGAAGGAUACGAGAGACUCCUGGACGGGAAGGAGCAAGAGCUGAGUGAAGUUCUGCUGAAGAUGGAAGUCUUGGGAAACAGCUUGGAGGAGACAGAGGUGAGGCUGAAUGAAGUGUUGAAAGUUUCCAACUCAAAUGAGAGACAAAAGCAGGUGACUGAGCCUCUCACUACAAGAAGAGAAAAUGGAACAGAAAGUGACAAGCUCUCUGACAGCUCAAACACCACAGACGUUCAGUUCCACAGCAACUGCUCUAAUAAACGUGCAAGAAACAGGUCUCGCUCGAUUGAUCUGUCGUACCAGCACAUCGUCACAGCGGGAGAUGACCCAGACAGGUUUACCUCUGUGAUCCAGUUACUGGAGAGGAAGCUUUAUGUGACAGAGGAGAAGCUUAAGGACAUCACGCAAAGCCUGGAGGAACACCGUGGCCACAUCAGCUGCCAGGACCCACACCUUUACUCCCAGCUCACCCAGAGCCGAGCCACGGCCCAGCACCUCAGUCUGCUGCUCCACAGCCAGGCCAGGCAGAGUCAGCGCUUCGCCCAGGAGGCCGAGAACCGCUGCAGGAUGCUGGUCGGCAGGUUUCAGCUCGCCCUGAACAUCGUGCAAGCCUGCAGGGACAGGCUCCAAGUCACCCCGAUUAAUGUUACACACUUUGAGAAGCAGCUGACCGCUGUUGCAGCCUGCCUCCAGCAAGGAGAGAGAGAUGCAGAGAAACAGCAGCAUGAGUCACACAAUGCCAGCAAAGGAGAGGACAAAAUCCUCCACGAUGAGACAGUAGCUGGAGCUUUUAGUGGCAUUAGUGCUAAAAGUAAACUCACUGAAACAUUUCCAAUGGAGAAUGGCAUGACAAGUGUUAGGAAGUGCUUAAUGAGGGAAAUAUUUGUCAUAGGAAAAAUGCUGUCUGUCCUUCAGAGUCAACGUGGCAUCGGCCAAAUAUCCAUAGCAGUGAGAAGCGAUGAGGGGAAUGUGGCACACAAGUACAAAAGCAUCAUCUCCCAAAUAUUAGCCCUAAGAAGAGAAAAAAUAACUCAGCCUAGGAAAAUGGGAUAUGACGGUGAUGAGCAUUUGGAAAGUGUUAUUGGUAGAGGCUGUGCUGAGGCUGAGCUCAUUUGCGCGGCCUUGAAAUUUCAGCAGCGAUAUGAGAGUCAACAAGUGGAGCGUGAAAAGAUGGGUAUGGCCGAUAUCAACCCUCCAGAGUUGGCUCCGUAUGAGGAGCAAGUGAAGGUAGAGGGCAGAGGUUUAGAGGAAGCUGCAGAACCAGCUGAAAAAAAGGUGGAGGUCAAGAAAGAACCGGAGUGGUUAGGGAGACUUACAUCCCGGCUGCAAAGAAGAGCCAAAUUCUUAAACCAGCUCUGCCAGGAGAUCUCAGAUGGACCCGUCAGUGAGGGCAGUGUGGACUACAGUGGAGAAAAUGGUUCAGAGGUAGACACGGACUGGAUGCAGGAGCAGGCAAAGCUGAUUUAUCUGUCAGACCGGCUGCACUUGCAUUUAGAGCAAGAGCUGCAGCAAAGUGAGGUGCAGCAGAACAAACGGCAGGCUCUGUGCAAAGAGCAAGACACCAAGGCGAUGGAUGAGCAGGAGGCGUUAAAUAGCACCUUGUGUCUGCUGCAGGAGGACAACAGCGUGCUCAGGGAGGAACUGGAGCGUGCUGAGCAAAAGAUUUUAUCCGUAGAGAUUGGGAACCAGAGACUCCUGGAAGACAUACAGAAAAUCGAGGAUUAUCACGAGGAGCGGAUGCAAAAACUGGAAACCAAUUUUCAAGAGAAGAUAGGAGAACUUCAACAGAUCCACGAGGAGGAGAUGAAACACUUGCAUGGAUACUAUACCAAAGAGAAGCAGAGAAACUGCACUGAGGCGCCUGUUUUCAAUGAAAGUAACUCUGAUGCUCUGGCAGCAAGAGAGGCUUACCAGAAACAUCUCGAGCUUCAGGAUCAUGGCGUCACUGCUGUGGAGGAAAUGCACAGGAAGCUGAUGGUAGAUCUGCAGCAGCAGCAUCAGAUGGAGGUGGCGGCACUUCUGCAGGAGAAAGACCAGCUGCUGCAGGAAGAGACGGCUGCCACGAUGGCAGCAAUCGUUGCGAUGAGGAGAGCCCAUAAACAGGAGCUGGAGAAAAGCAGACAGUCUCAGCACAUCAGGCAAAGUGCUGACAUCACACAACUGCACAUUGAAUACGAGAAGGAGAUCCAGUUAUUGCACAAGGAGCUGGAGGUGUUGUCGGUUCAGCACACACAGAAAUGCCUGGAAAACUCUCAGCUGAGUCAAGAGCUGCAGAGCGAGAGGAAAAGCUCGAUACAGCACCAACAAGAAAAGCAAGAGCUGAUAAAGAAACAGAGAGAGAUGGAUGAAACGUCGCAGCUACAGUUCUCGAUGAAUCGGAAACAUUCACAUGUGGCCGCACAAACAACUGACUUCUAUGAGAUGGAGGUGAUUCUGCGGGCGAGGGAGGCCGAGAUGCAGUUCCUCCGACAGGAAGCUUGUUCACUCAAGGAGGAGUUGAAGCUCGCUCGAAUGGACAAAAUCUAUGCCCAGAACAAGCUGAGGGCCCUCUACACGAACAGCCAGGACGAAAUGCAUCAUGACGUCAACAAACACAACACUGAACAUUUCAAGUUGGGACCUUGGUCUUCAAACAGAGACACAUCGGGAAAGAAGGACUCCAUGACCAACGGUGCUUUUCUGAAGAAAACUGAGAAGUCAUCGCUCACACGUCAGAUCAGAGUGAGAUCGAAGAGUCUGAAAGACGGCCUCUCUGUCCAAGAGAGAAUGAAGCUGUUUGAGUAAUUUUGAUCCGAAGAUUACAAGAGGUUGGAAAUCUGCUCAUCAGAGUAAGACGGCUGUUUGUCGAGUGCAGUUCAGAGAGUGUGUGUGUGUACAUAUAUAUAUAUAUAAAUGUAUAUAUCUGUAAUGUGUGUGUAACUUUUGUUGUUACACAAAAUGUGUUGCAUUAUAUUUUGUAUUGGUUAAAAAAGCUGUUUGUGCUUCAUGCUGUGAAAAAAGAAAAACCAAGCAUCAGUCUACCACUAGAGGAUGGUAAAGUUCUAAGGUCUGUUUUCAUUAAAAGAAAACUCGUCAGUGUUGCUGCAUCAGUUGCAGAAAAGCUGUUAUUAACACAUUUCACCACUAGAUGUAGCGUGAUGCAACAUUUACUCUCUUUUUAAUCCCUAAACCUUCAAAUCUGUUCUUCAGUUGCUGCAAACGACAGAACUGAAAUCAAAAUAAAAUGAGAACAAACAUUUUAGAAUGUUUACCAUUUCUUUUAAUCAAUACAUUUAAAUAUAUGUCAUGUAGAUUUUGUAUUUUGAAAUGUUUUUAUGUAAACAAGGAGAAUAACCAAACUCUGCUUCCCUGCUGCAGUAUAUGAAGUAAAUAAAUGUUAUUUACAGUCACAGUUAUUAAAGUUACUAUGGUUAUGUUAUGUAAGAUAAGUAAAUACCUUACAAUUGAAGAGACAGGGACAUUAAAACACUGAUAUCUGCUCUCACUGUUCACUGGCGGAGCAUCAAGUCUGUGUAAGUGAUAACACACUUCAGCCUGGUGUCCAACGUUAUACCACCUGUCGUACGGAGGAAGAGCCAGAGACGUUUUGCAAUAACUUCUGAAUGACUGUCUAUCAUUGACCAUCACCUCUGUUCUUCUGAAGACUCUGUUCAGUGACGUGCCUCAAAUCACUGAGAGGCGUGUCACAGUUUACCUCAGAUGACCCUUAAAGUGUAAUAUGUGUAGUUAUCUCCACAGAUCUGAUUUCUGUGUAAAUUAUAAAUAAAAGCUCCUGGUGUCCCUGGAGCUCAACGUUGCCCCAGAGUCACAUUCCUGAGGAGGAAUACUGCACCUCAUUAAAUCCCAGCACUCAUCUCUCCUUUCCUGUGUGGACUGUGUGUGAAACUGUGCUCAUGUGGAGUGUCAUGAGCCGACGCUUUGAAAGAGCAGAGCUGCUUCUUUACAGUUUUACAUCAUGGAUAUUAUUCUGCACAUCGACGGUUUUACUGGCUCCAGUUAAAACUAAAUAA